CACAGUAGUACAAUAGGUGACCAAUCAGCGCCGCGAAUCACAGAUCCCUGCCAAUCAGAGCGCCAGAUUUCGCUGUUCCGCUUUCCCUGAAAUUCUUUGCUGAUCCGACUUGAGACUGAGAGAAUUCAAGAUGGCUGUCUCAGGCUCCAGAUGAGGGCUCCCUCCUGCUUUGCCCUGGUGUGUGAAUCUUUUUUGCGGUCGACUGAGUUUCAGUGCUGCCAGGCCCUCACUGCCCCUUUGCAGACACCAUGUCAUCCACCUCCUCCUGUUCUUCCUCGGGGGAAAAUAGCCCGGAAGACGUGCCCCGAGGUGGGGGCACCAUCCGUGUCUACCUCCCUAAUAAGCAGCGGACAGUGGUAAAUGUUCGGGCCGGGCAGACCGUCUAUGACAGUCUAGACAAGGCUUUGAAAGUCAGAGGCCUGAGCCAGGAGUGCUGCGCCGUCUUUCGGCUACUUGAAGGCCGUAAGAGGCUUACAGAAUGGAACACUGACAUCACACCCCUUGUAGGGGAGGAGCUUUUAGUAGAAGUGCUGGAUGAUGUUCCCCUUACCAUGCACAACUUUGUUCGUAAAACAUUCUUCAAGUUAGCAUAUUGUGACUUCUGCCACAAGUUCUUGUUCAAUGGCUUUAGGUGUCAGACAUGUGGAUAUAAAUUUCACCAGCACUGUAGCAGUAAAGUCCCUACUGUAUGUGUGGACAUGGAUACCAUGACAAAGCGGUGUGGUCCCUCUACAGAGGACUACCCUCGGAUAUCUUUAUCGAUAAUGCCAGAUGCCAUACCUGACACACCGCUAACCUCAGAACAUUCUGGAGAGGAGCUGCUAUCUCUUAGCCCUAAUUUCCGCUCAUUAAUGCGAGGCGAGGAUGGUCAGUCUCUCCAGAGGCAUCGCUCCACCUCAACACCAAACGUCCACAUGGUCAGCACGCUGGAUCCUAUAGCUGCUAGCCUAAUGGAGGAGUCAUUAAAAAUCAGCACAAUGGGACCAGAUACCUCUCCCAAGCCUUCUACUAGUCCACCCCGUCUAGGGUCACCAGGAAGAAAACCUCCUAAAUCGCCAAAUGAGCCCAAGGAUCGAAAGCCAUCUUCAUCUGAUGAUAAAAAGAAAGUGCAUCGGGGAGGUUACAGAGACUCCAGCUACUACUGGGAGGUGCACCCACGGGAGGUGACCACGAUAAAGAGAAUUGGGGCAGGCUCUUUUGGGACGGUCUUCAAAGGCAAGUGGCACGGAGAUGUGGCUAUCAAGAUUCUUAAAGUGACAGAUCCGACACCAGAGCAGCUCCAGGCAUUUAAAAACGAAAUGCAGGUUUUACGGAAAACGCGUCACGUCAACAUUCUGCUGUUCAUGGGCUUUAUGACAAAGCCUAAUUUUGCCAUUAUUACACAGUGGUGUGAAGGCAGCAGUCUGUACCGCCAUCUGCAUGUUACAGAGACCAAGUUUGAAACGAUGCGUCGCAUUGAUGUGGCUCGACAGACUGCACAAGGCAUGGAUUAUCUUCACGCCAAGAAUAUCAUUCACCGGGACUUGAAAUCCAAUAACAUCUUUCUGCACGAAGGCUGGACGGUAAAAAUCGGAGACUUUGGGCUGGCCACAGUAAAGUCUCGCUGGAGUGGCUCUCAGCAAGUUGAACAGCCUAGUGGCUCCAUCCUGUGGAUGGCCCCUGAGGUGAUCAGAAUGCAGGACACUAACCCGUACACUUUUCAGUCUGAUGUUUAUGGAUAUGGAGUGGUGCUAUAUGAACUGAUGUCUGGGACUUUGCCUUAUUCAAAUAUCAACAACAGGGAUCAGAUUAUAUUCAUGGUGGGUCGUGGGUACUUGUCCCCAGACCUCAGUAAAUUAUCCAGCAGUUGCCCUAAAUCAAUGAAGAGGCUCAUCAUCGAUUGUCUGAAAUACAAACGGGACGAACGGCCUCUCUUUCCACAGAUCUUGGUGAGCAUCGAGCAAGUCCAGGAUCUGUUGCCAAAAAUCGAGCGGAGUGCCUCCGAGCCCUCUCUACACCGGGCUGUACAUGCAGAGGAUCUGAACCCGCUUCUUCUUCACACCACACGCCUGAUGCCUCUGUGAGACUCCUGGAAAUGCUGUUUUCUUUUCCCAAACGCCAUCAUUCCCAGCACGGAUUCUGGAGAUCCUCUUAUUCCACACUUUUCCGAGAGCCAAGCUUUUUUGUUGGUCUCACAUAUACUCGUGCACAAACUCUACAUUUAUCAACUCAUUAGCAUCCCUCCCCUUCACAGUUCCAAAAUUCUCUAUGCUGCUCCUGUUUAAAGCUGCUUAUAGAGAAUGACCGACAACAGAAAUCCGUUCAGCUGCUUUUUAGCACGGAAACCAGUUGUGAUUACACUUAAUGGGUUUCAAAAUCCAGGCAUCAUAUCAGCAAUGUAUCUGCACAAUCUUAAUUACCUCAUUUUUUGAGGUGUGUUUUAAAAUGAUUGUGCCUUUUUUACUUUGAGAUGAAAGUAGCUAUCUUUUUUUUAUAGAACCUGCAAAUUUUGAGAUUUUUUUUAUUUUAUUGAUUUUUGUUCCCCUCGCAUGAACUUCUUUACGGUCGAGCCUUAGCUCACUGUGAUUGCUCAGUUUAUCGGUCUCGGUCACACAGACUUUCUGCUCACAACAAUAUCACAGAUUUGUUUGCAAUCAAUUGUUUACAAUUUACAGUAAUCAUGUUUUAAAAUCAUCCAUCUGGACUGUUUUCAGCUUUUUUAAAUUCCGUUAUUUUUUGGAUUGGCGAAAUCCGAAGAAAACUAUUGCUAAAACACUCGCCUGGUUUCACAUUUGGUUGGAUGUUCAUGUCACUAGUGCCCUUAAUAUUUGUGCUGUGCAUUUGUGAUUUUGGAAAUCUAUCUAAAUGUUUUAUCUUUGAGCUUGUGCUGUGUUUUGGUCAGCUUGACUGUGUUAAGAAAUAUUACAAGAAUGGCACAAAUCUUUAAACUUAAAAAAUGGAACUUAU